AUGCCAUGCCAUCCUGCACCGCCCGCCAAGCCUGCACCGCCCGCCAAGCCUGCACCACCCGCCCCGCUCGCCCCACUCUCCUCGCUCUCGCCCUCCUUCCGCCCCGCAGAGUUCCGCGACGGCUCGUGGUUCGCCCGCCUCGUUGUCACCCUCCUCUCGUCCACCCUUCCGCCACCGGAGGCCCGGGCGCAUAGGAGCACCGUCCUCCGGGCCGCCACUCCGCUCGCCGAGCGCGAUGCCGCCGCAGAGCCCAUCAUCACCGCCGCCUGCCGCAAGGUGGUCCUCUGCGGCGCCUCGUCUGCCGCCGCCUCCACUGCUGCAUCCGCCGCCGCCUUGGGCACCGGCUUGCUCGCAGCAGGCGCCGCCUACUCGGCCGUCGGCACCGCACUCGCCGCAGAAAUGGUCCUUACCACACAGAUCCAGGUCGGCAUGGUCAUGGACCUCGCUCUCAACUACGGGUACGACUUUGAGGACACCGCCACCCCGAGCCUGCCCGAGGCGCUUAUCCUCCGCAUGUACCACCUUGCCACCUCGGGCCUCGGCCUCUACGAUCCCGAGGGCCCGUUCAACCUCUCAGCCGCAGACGUCCGCCGCUCGUUUGUGCGCGCCGCCGCGGGCGAUGAACAUGCGCUGUUGCAUGUCUCGUCCCGCGUCUUCUCGCUCGUCGCCAAGCCCAUCGGCGUCAAGCUCGUCGAGAUGACCAUGCUCAAGUCGGCCGUGCCCAUUGUCUCACUCCUUGCCUCCUCGGGAUGGUCGUACUUUUCCACGCAAGCCAUCGGCCACGUCGCGCAGCGCGAGCUCAAGGUCGCCUCGUUUGUCUCCAAGACCGUCCGCGCUCUCGUCGCCGCCGCCCCGCAGUUAGCUGCCUCGCAGCCGCUGCAGAUCGUCCUCUUCUCGGCCCUCCUCUCCGCCGCUCUUCUUGACGGCUCGGUCUUUCCCUUUGAGGCCGCUGUCUACGACGCCUUUGUCCGCGCCCUCUCGCCCUCGCCGGACAUCUGGCCCCACGUCGACUACCUCGUCUUUGGCGCUUUGCCGGGCGCCAAUGCUGCCAUCGAUGAAGACUUUGUUCUUGUCGGCACUCCGCCGGCCUCGUCGUCCACAAGCUCCACCCCAUCGUCGGUCUCCUCCUCGUGCUGCCUCACCGCCGCCGAGCUCUCCGGCUCAGACUCGUGGAUUAUUGUCGACGACCCGUUCGACGCCUAUGUCACCCGCCUCGAGACCCUUGCCGCCUCGCACCUCCCGGCCCUCGCCGACAAACGCCUGUGGAACUCGCCGUUUGACGUCCACGCCAUUCUCACCGGCCUCUAUCUCAUGGCCCACGCCGGCGGCGGCCUCGGCGCAUCGGCAGGCCUCGGCUCGACCGAGCCUGAGCCUGGAUCGUCGGUCCUCGACCUCAAGCUGGAGUUCCUCCGCUCCAUGCGCGCCUACCUUCCCGCCUUUGACGUGCCCAUUUCACCGCUCACCCUCUCGCUGGCGUCGAGCGCAACCCUACCGACAGACCCAACGGCGCUGCAGCAGCUCAUCCGCGACCGCGGCGUCCGCUGCCCAAAGUGUGGCGUCCUUGUCGUCGACCUUCAGUCGGUCACCCUCCCGCACUCGCCCGACUGCGCGCUUUGCAACUUUGAGCGUGAGCUCAAGGCCACCUUCCGCCCCUCGCCCACACUCCUCGCUCUGGCCAAGGCCGCCCUUGACAGGCAGCUCCGCGCCGCCAUCACCGACGACCAGGUCGAGACCGUCCGCCGUAUUCAGUCAGCUGUCCGUGCGCUCUCGGUCGACCCGCUCGACAUCGCCCUCUUUGCCGACGACAUCUCACUCACUGUCGCCCGCACCUCCGAGUCCAUUCAGGCCUCGGCGCUCGGCUCGAUCGCCGUCGCUGCUGCAGACGCUGCCCUCGAGGGCACCUCGCUCCUUGUCGCCACUGCUGCAGACACCACUGUCUACGCCGCAGACACCGCUCUUUGCUGGUCCGCUGCCAUCGGUGACUCGGUCGCCGCCGCCGCAGACUACCUCUACGCCUCGGUCACCGGCUCGACCCGCUACCGCCCGCUCCAUCUCACCGAUGUCUUUACCGACGCUGUCUCUUCGCUCAACGAGCUCUGAGCCGCCGCUCUCAGAUCGAGAGCUGCGUGUAGCCCGACGUGUCCGAGCUCAUUCGCGGCUUGCCCAUCCGCAGCUUGGCCGAGUACGCCUGGAUGAGCGCCGGCAGCGAGUCGUAGAACGUGUGGCCCUGGUCGCCCGUGUAGCCGCGGCCAGGCGCAGAGUACAGCUUGGACUGGAUAACCGCGCCACGCGAGUCGAUGUACGCCACCACAAAGCCGCCGGACGUCGACUCAGAGACACGGACCAGGAACUCGCCCGGCGCCGCGUUGGUCAGCACCCGCGCCGUCUGAUCCUUGUUGAUAAAUCCAUGGAACCAGAGGUUCGA